AUGGAUCCAGGACCCGGAACCGACACGGCGCCGCUGGCUGGCCUGGUCUGGUCGUCGGCUUCGGCGCCUCCGCCACGGGGAUUCAGUGCGAUCUCCUGCACCGUGGAAGGGACGCCCGCCAACUUCGGCAAGAGCUUCGCGCAGAAGUCUGGCUACUUUCUGUGCUUCAAUUCUUUGGGCAGCCUAGAGAAUCCGCAGGAAAAUGUGGUGACCGAUAUCCAGGUCCUGGUGGACAAGAGCCCCCUCCCACCGGGCUUUUCCCCGGUCUGCGACCCCCUGGACUCCAAGGCCUCUGUGUCCAAGAAGAAACGCAUGUGUAUGAAGCUGGUGCCCCUGGGGGCUGCAGACACAGCUGUGUUUGAUGUCCGGCUGAGUGGGAAGACCAAGACCGUGCCUGGAUACCUGCGAGUAGGGGACAUGGGAGGCUUUGCCAUUUGGUGCAAGAAGGCCAAGGCCCCCAGGCCGGUGCCCAAGCCCCGAGCUCUCAGCCGGGACAUGCGGGGCCUCUCCCUGGACCCACCUGCCCAGCCCAGCAAGGGCGGCUUUCCAGAGCGGACCCUGUCCCGGGUUGGCUCUCGGGCAUCUACUCUGCGGAGGAGCGACUCCAUCUACGAGGCCUCCAACCUCUAUGGCAUCUCAGCCAUGGAUGGUGUUCCCUUCACGCUGCACCCGCGCUUUGAGGGCAAGAGCUGUGGCCCCCUGGCCUUCUCUGCCUUUGCCGAUCUGACCAUCAAGUCACUGGCGGAUAUUGAGGAGGAGUAUAACUACGGCUUUGUGGUGGAGAAGACUGCGGCUGCGCGCCUGCCCCCCAGCGUCUCGUAGCCCUUCAUCAGCCCCAGGGAAGAGCCCCCCCUGCCGGACACCCGGGACUGGCAGCCACCCCGCCCCACAGCAUCUUGGGAAUCUCGGUGGCGCAGGGCAUUUUAGACCCUCCGCCACGCAGCGGAGGGACAGCCCUGGAGAAGGGAGCAGGACAGGUCUGCUCGGUGAUGGGGUCUCUCGCCCCUGGGCCCUGCAGGGCAGGGGUGGGGGCUGGACGGAAACCAGUGCCUUCAAGUCAUUUGUGUCAAAACUCUCUGGUGCCUGGAGGCCACGCGGGCGUCCUCCUGGCAAUAAACACCAACCUGUGCUCGCCGUCUGGAGUCCUGAUCCCGGCCGCCGGUCCUCUGUGGUUCAAGGUGUUCACCACGCACGCGCAGCACGAGCCAGGGGGCGGAGGUGCCCCCAGCGCAGGACAUCUAAGGCGGCGCUGCCACCACUCGCCUUCUACAGAGGGGGAAUCAGGCUCCGCGAGUGCCUGAGCCGGGGACGUUGGUCACAGAGAAGACCUGGUCCGCCCCUCCAGCAUUGCGCAAAACGCGAAUAAUCGUUUCAGUCACAUUUAUAUUGCGGGGACCCCAGCCCCAACACCUGAUGCGCAGCCUCUCUUUCAGUCUUCCCGCACCCCGGUGGGAAGCCCGGGUUUUGUCGCGUUUUACGGAGCGGGAAACAGAGGCAGGGGCCGCUAAGGUCACAGCUGGGAUCUGAACCCAGGGCCUGCUGUCUGAACUUUCGAGCUGCUCUACGUGUCUCUUUUCCUCUGACGGGUGACGGGUACGUUCCGUCCAUUCUCAUUAUUGGCGGUAGUUAGGUCCCUUAAUGUCACAGCGAAAACUGAGUUAGGGAGUACCGGAUUCCGUGGGGGGUUCCUACCAGCCUUUGGUCACAUUUUUGUCAAGCAAUCGGUACCGGGCCUUGUUUUGUGUGUGUUUCAAGACCCCGUGUUUAAUACAUACCGCUGAUUAGUUAAUGUUGAACUUCCGGCCGAUAGCGCUGUUAACUUACGCCUGAACAAAGUUCAUCUAACCCACACAUUUUCUCCAGGAGGCACAUCCCUGCCUUCUUGCGUGUGGGGACAUUAGGUAGCACGAAGCACUACACGUGGGGACAUUUUUAUUUUUAUUUUUAAGUUUAUUUAUUUUGAGGGGGCAGGGAAAGGCAGAGACAGAGGGGGAGAGAGAUUCCCAAGCUGCCUCUGCCCUGACAGCGCAGAGCCAAGUGCAGGGCUUUAACCCUCCAACCAUGAGGUCGUGACCUGAGCCAAGUCCAAGGCACCGAUCGGGCACCUUGGGGGCUUUCUUAAACAACAAAGUUGCCGAUGAAAAAGCACAACGAUGUGAAAAACCUGCCACUAAGUAGACCACAAAAAAGCCACCUGUUUACGGUCUGAGGGGUGAAACAAGACGCCAGAGUGUCACCACGUUCCGCCUCAGCUGGGAAUGGGUCCCCCAGUGAUUCAAACUACCCCCCCCCCCCAUGCGUGUCCUUGAAUGGCCGCAAAGUGCGCAAGUAUUGGCUGGGGGGUGGGGUACAAGUGAAUUUCAGCCAGUAGAACUCACAAAUACGGAAUCCGUGAAGAAUAGUCUGGACCCAUUUGUUAAACGAAUAGCCCCAGACUAACACCAUUUUUCUCCCACAUCCGUGCUCCUUCCUUUAAUGCUCUGUCUUCCCUAGGUCCCCACAGCUUCCGGGUGGCCCAGGUCCUGUUGCGGUCAGGAACAUCCCCAGAUCUCUGUGGCUUCGAAAGGCUAAGGCUUAGUUUUCAUUCAUCCCACGGGCCCAUGGCAGAGCAGCCCCAGACUCGGCUGGUCACAGUGCCUGAAAUCCGCCUGAAGGGGCUGCCACCAUCCCCUGGCGACAGUGGGGGGCGGACUCCAAAAGCUCUUGCACCAUCAGUUAAAUGCCCGGGCCUGGAAGUGCCUUUGUCAAAGUUCUGCUCACGGGUCAUCGGUCAGAACGCGCCCCACUGGGCCCCCAGAAGGGUUGUGCCACCCACUUUUUAUAAAAUAACUUUUUUUUAAUGUUUAUUUUUGAGACAGAGAGAGAGACCGAGUGCGAGUUGGG